CACGCGUGCACUUGAGGCUUUUGAGUGGAAGGGGGCGAGGGGAGUCCGCGGCAUGAAGCGCUAGCGGCCGCGGGCGCUGGUGUGAGGAGGGGCGGGGGCAGAGCCGGCGGCCCGGGCCGGGUUCCGAGCGGGGCAUGCUGAUCACGCUGUGCUACCUGUACCUGUGGGCGCGGUGGGCGGCGCGGCCCGCGCGCAUCAUCCGCAGCACGGUGCGCAGGCUGCACGGCACCCGCUGCUCCUUCACCUUCUGCCGCAGCGGCGGGGGCAGCAAGCUGCAGCUGGAGCAGCCGAGGCCCAGCCCGGGGACUCCCGGAGCCCCUGGGGUCGCUGAGGACAGUGUCUGCCUAAGGAUGGGAAACCGAGUCUUCUUCAUUGACGAGAGCCAGUCCAUUGAUGACUUAAAUAAGUGGGCUCUACUUCUUGUUUCUCCUUUUAUUUAUCCUGGUGAUGUUCUUAAAGCAGAACACAUAGCGUUUGUGAUAGAAAGCAUUUUGUUACAAAGUCAGAAUUUACCCACACCAUUCUUCCCUUCAGAAACGAUUCUAAAGUGGUCAGACUGUUGUUUGCCAUUAGCCUGUAGACCUGGAGAACCUUAUAAGCUAUUUGCUGAAGCAAGUAUAGAUAAUUUCAGUGAGCUGGGCAUUGCAUUCAUGGAAAACAGGCUCCAAAUGGAUAAUGGAAUGGUACCACAAAAGAUUGUCUCUGUACAUCUUCAGGACUCAGUGCUGAAAGAGCUACAGCAGUUGACAUCAUCCAAGAUCACAGAAGUAGAAGAAUUAACUUCAGCCUUAUCUUUCAAAAUUAAACCUGAAUGGGAAGGGACGAAGCAUUUGGGCAGGGAUGACCAGAAGGUUCAGGGUGAGGAGUGUGAUCAGAAGAAAAGCAGUGCUUCUCAGGAGGAACCUACCAAUGCAUCAGAAAAAGGAGAUGACAUUGAUGAACACCAUCACUUACAUCUUUCAAGCUGCCAUGAAUGUUUGGAACUGGAAAGCAGCACCAUUGAAUCUGUCAAAUUUGCAUCUGCAGAAGACAUUCCUGAUCUUCCUUAUGAUUUCAGUAGCAGCCUAGAGGGCAGUAUUAACACAACCUGCCAUAUUGGGCAAGGGAGAAGAGUCAAUGUUACUGGAAAGCCACCAAAUAUUUUACUCUUUGUGGGCUCUGACUCCCAGGAAGCGCAUCAAAGAUUCCAGCAGCUCUGUUGCAUUCUGACUGACUGUGUUGACACUGAUAGUUACACAAUCUACCACCUGAAGGAGAAGAAGGUGCUUAGUGAUCCAUGGCUGCAUAACUCUUUACUGUUGAUCAUUGCCACAGAGGAGCCCAUUUCUGAAGCAAUUUGCCAACAGUUCAUGGCAUACCUCUCCCAAGGUGGGAAGGUUUUGGGGCUAUCUUCUUCCUUCACAUUUGGUGGGCUACAGCUGAGAAGCAAAGAGGAACUGAAGAAGACCAUUCAGACGCUGGUUUUUUCCAAGGCUGAUGACAAUGAAAUGAAACUGAAUGUUCUGACCAGUGGCGGCAUUUACAAAGAAGGCACUGGGGAGCUUCUCAGUCCUGGAAGGCUCAAGGGUUACUUAGAAAACAUAGAGAAAGACAAGAUGAUUGUUCAUUUGCCUUUUGGAACAAAUGGAGGAGAAGCUAUUCUUUGUCAGGUGCACUUGGAAAUGUCUCCCAGCACUUUAACACAAACUCAGGAUGCCUUUAAUUUGUUGAAAUCAAGCAAUUUCAAGAGAUAUGAAGUCCUUAAGGAGAUCCUGACUGUCCUUGGCUUAAGUUGUGAAUUAAACAGAAUCCCUCCCCUGACUCCUCUUUACUUAUUCACAGCUGAGGAGGAAGUUCGAGUUUCCUUUAUGCAGUGGCUUACGGGAAAUGUGGGUCCUGAAGGAGUGAUGACAUUCAGCAAGUUGACCCUUAAAUUUGUUUCAUCCUAUAAACCAGAAUUGGAAGUAACUCCAUCUCAGAUGCCAGUUGUCACCACAACAGAGGAAUUUUCCCCAGAACAUUUUAACCUGGAGAUCUAUCAAAAAAAUUUGCAGACAAAGCAACUAGGAAAAGUAAUUCUGUUUGCUGAAGUGACAUCAUCCACAAUGAGUCUUCUAGAUGGGUUGAUGUUUGAGGUACCAUCAGGCCUGGGUCUAGUAGCAAUUGCAACCCGGCAAACACAAGGAAAAGGUCGUGGUGGCAAUGUCUGGCUUAGUCCUAUGGGAUGUUCUCUUUCUACCUUACACAUACGCAUCCCCCUACAUUCUCAUCUGGGGCAGAGAAUUCCAUAUGUUCAACACUUGAUGUCUCUGGCAGUAGUGGAGGCAGUCCGGUCGAUUCCUGAGUAUCAGGAUAUCAACUUACGAGUAAAGUGGCCCAAUGAUAUCUACUACAGUGAUCAAAUGAAGCUUGGUGGAGUUUUGGUCAACUCAACGCUUAUGGGAACAACUUUUUAUAUACUUAUUGGCUGUGGAUUUAAUGUGAAUAACAGCAACCCUACUAUCUGCAUCAAUGAUCUCAUCAUAGAAUAUAAUAAGAAACACAAUAAAAAUCUAAGUCUGUUCCGUGUGGAUUAUCUUAUUGCAAGAACAAUAACUGUGUUGGAGAGACUGAUAGACGCAUUUCAGGAUAAAGGACCUAAUGCAAUUCUUCCUCUGUAUUAUAAAUACUGGGUGCACAGUGGUCAGCAAGUCCGUCUGGGAAGCGAUGAGGGGCCAAUGGUAUGGAUUGUUGGCAUCGAUGAUUAUGGCUUCCUUCAAGUUCAUCAAGAAGGCGGAGAUAUUGUGACUGUGCAUCCAGAUGGCAAUUCUUUCGACAUGCUGAGAAACCUCAUCAUCCCCAAAAAGCAAUAGUCAUAGGAGCCAGUGAAACGGCACUCAACUGUCAGGAUCACAAUGAUACAGUGUGCCCCAUCUAGUUGAAAUUAGUUUACAGCAAAAGUGCACAGCCACCUGCAAAUACAUUCCUGUUUGAUUUCUUAGGUCUUUCCUAAGCCCAUAAAUCAUGAAGAUCUGUUUACGAUUGUGGGUGCUAGAGGUGUUUUCUUUCUUUAGUUACUUUUCUCAUGCCUUUUUGUCACUUUUUUUGUUUACCAUUUAUUUCUGCCUUCUUUCGAGAAGAGUCACCAGCCUUUCUCUUCUCAGAUUUAAAUUGGUGUUUAUUGACACAUGUAGCUCUUAUUUGGAAAUAGUACGGGGAGAAUUUAGAUAUUUUCACAAUAAUAAAGACCUCACCACUGUUCCCUUUAAAAAGAAGAAAAGCAACAGUCCUCUAGGCUUAAGUCAUUGCUCAGUUAUGGGGGGGGGAGGGGGAAUGGUAAUAUCCUUUCUCCUCAGCCAGGGAGAGAUAUUUUGCAAAGAGGACAUUGUUAACACUUGGUAUAUGUUUUUAUUUCUUUGUUAAGCAAAAAAAAAAAGAGAGAGUAAACAUUUUUCAGAGGUGGUGCUUAUUAUUUAUUUCAUUGUCAUUUGUUAUACUUAAGCAGCUAAAGAAAUUUAAUGUGUGAAAAGAGAUGGAAGAUGUAGUAGAAAAUCACUAAUUCAUGGUGAAUUUAUUUGGAGAGUGAGAGUACAAAUUUCAUGUAUUGAAAUUUACUACAAAUUCAAGAGUCAAGUGACUUUUUAAGCUCAGACUCAAGAUUUCUGAAGAAUGAAAUCAAGUAGGUGUUUGGUGGUGUUGACACACAGCUGACAUAGGGACACCAAGAGGAUAGAGUGCCUGAUAGUGGCAUAACUACAACAACAUACAUCUGUGUGUUAUGCAGGGUGUUCCAAAAGACUUAGUGAAGUUUUAAUCUAUUAAAGUCAAAAUUGCCUGAGAUUUUUGGGACAUCCUGUAUUCUAAGUGAGGAUUGAGACCUUCGAAGAUACUUCUAAGUCUAACUUUGAAAUGUGGAAAAUUCACUGGAUCCUGAUAAGAACAGAUUUUUAAAAAUAUAACAGGUCAGAUUAGCCUCUAAUUAAAGACUGAAUGGCUUAUCUCAGCAUUUGGUUUGUAAAUUGUAAGCUUUCUUUCUCCCUUGUCUAGAAAUAAAACUUUGAGCUGAUUUAGAUUCAGUAUUGAUUAGUUAUUUUAAGGCUUUAAAAGACGUUAAGAAUCGGAUAUAGAAAGAACAAAAGAAAGGAAGCAUUUUUUUUGUAUGUGUUUUCUAUUCCGGAUGUACUCCAUGCUUUUUCCUUGAAGUUGUUGUCUUCAUUUAACUUUUAAAUCGUACAUGCUACUUGUCAACUAUAACUUUUUGUCUAAGUUCUCCCCACUGGUCUUGGUGAAAUAAUUGGAACGAAAGUGGGAUAGAGCUCCUAGCUCUGUGCAAAACCUCUUUAUUACAUAGUGACACUUUCUUUAUACUAUUCUUAGUCAGGAAGGUUGAUGCAAAAACUUAUGAGUUUCAUCAUACAAUCUGACUACAGUACUGAGACGCAGACUCUCAGAAAGGAAAUAUUAACACACUUAACUAAGUUAACCAGUCUCUGGAAAUCUAACAUAAAGAAAACUCACAGAUUUUGGAAACAAGGUUUCAAUUAGAAUUGGGGGAAAAAACAAAAAAACCUAUCCUCCCAACAUGCCUUCUUUUGGGAUUAGUCACAAGUUGUGUUUUUUUCUUAAUCUUUCACUAAAAUUACAAAAAUGGACUUAGCUUUGAGAGGUAGUCUAUGAAAUUUCACUGAAGUAAAAAG